AUGUCAGGCAGAUGGACAGACGACAUCUUGCUCAAGAUUACAAACAUCAUCGUUUACUUCCUUUUCCUUGGUUCCAACGUUUACACAGUAGCGGCACCUCAUGAUAUUUAUUUCACUGGCAGGGAGACAUACAUAACCCCUGCUCCAUGGGCCUUUUUGAUUUGGUCUCUCAUCCACCUGCUCCUUCUGGGUACUAUCAUCUACCAGUUCACCGCCCCUGGCAAGAAGGUAAUAAUCGAUGGUAUUUCGUGGCGUUUCCCUCUCCUCGGCGUCCUGAACGCGAUAUACGUACAUUUAUGGGCAUCCCAAUACUAUAUACUAGCAUUGGUCUUCGCUUUGUUCGUAAGCAGUUCUAUCUCCCACAUCUACUACACCGUGAAGAAGUUCCACUUACCUGCUAACAUCGGUGACGAAGUCUUGGUCCACUUGCCUUUCUCCCUUUACCAUGGGUGGACUACCGUUCUCAUUAUCCUCACCGCAUUUGAAGCAUUCGGCGUCGACGCGGUUACUCAACCAGCCGGUGUUUGGACCAAGGUUUUCGUAUUCCUUGCUUUGUUCUUCCUCGAGGCGACUGCGGCCGCAUAUGCCUUCUCCAGCCCUGAGGGUGACGUUUCUGCCAGCUUUGCGAUAAUGUGGUCGCUCUUCGCGAUCUUUGCUCAUCAAGAUGUUCACCGCUCGGGAUUCAUUCAUUGGGCUGCACUCGCGUUUGCAUUGCUCUCUGCGUUCUGGGUUUUCGUGGGCAUCUUUGGCACGUACAAGCGGUACAGGGGUGGCUCAAUCAUCUUGGACGAAGAGCGUGCGCCACUCGUUGGCAGUGAAAACUGA